CACGCCCACCCCGCCACCCCACUUCCGCGACGCACGUACGUCAACACGUCCAGCCAAUGGGACUGCAGGAGCGUAUUGCGUCACAAGGUCAAAGGUUGCAGCGAUGGACGCGUCCCAAAUGUAAACAGUGUGGUGUUUUGGAGGGCAGAUCAGAGAUAUGAGGCUUUUAUCGAAGGCAGUGCAGUGUGCAGUGAGUCAGAGGGAGUGGAGCCGCAGACACUUCUGGGGUUGGCUCAAUGCAGUUUUCAACAAGGUGGACUACGAGAGGAUCAAAGCUGUCGGUCCAGACCGAGCUGCAGCAGAGUGGCUGCUGAGAUGCGGUGCCAAAGUCAGGUUCCAGGGUUUCGAUCGCUGGCAUCACGACUACAACGGGCUGCCAACUGGGCCUCUGGGACGAUACAAGAUCCAGGCGAUUGACGCUACUGAAUCCUGCAUCAUGUACAGAGGGUUUGACCACCUGGAUGGUUUGAAACACGUGGAGGAAAUCAAGUUCAACAAAUGUAUCUACAUUGAAGACACCUGCCUGGAGAGGCUGAGCUCAAUAGAGAAUCUGCAGGAGAGUGUGUACAUGAUGGAGGUGGUGUCGUGUGGAAAUGUGACAGACAAGGGCAUCGUUACUUUACACAAACUCAGGAAUCUGGAGUAUCUGUUUCUCAGCGACCUGCCAGGAAUCAAAGACAGACAGACGACAGUGGACAGACUACAGACGGCACUUCCACGUCUGGAUUUAGUGCUGGACCUGGACUGAAAGCUUCCUGCUUUUUGGGGUGUGUUAUUACUGUAAUGUAUAGAUGCCUUUUCAAAGUAAAAGACCCAGUCUUGUAGGAGGAAAGACUAAAGUGUGCAGGGCUUUGAUCGUCCAUGAAGCAGAGUGUGUAGAGGAGGGUCUGGAUUAAUGGGAAAUAUUUAAGUUGAUGAUUUUAUUUCUAAGCUUGUAUGAUUGAGCGAUAAAGAAACAGUGCAGCAAAGAGAAAAUUUAAAGCACUUUAUAUUGUUGAUGCCACUUUUUUUUUUGAUAGAAUGAACUAUUCUUUAUUUUAUUAUAUUCUCAACAUUCAAGGUAUUAAAAAGAGAGAAACAAUUUGUGAAAAUUCUGAGGAUCCAAGAGUCUUUUAAAUCAUUUCUCUUCAGAUUAAUUUGGCAUUUGUACAAUAUCUGAGGACAGACAGAUGGCUGAAAACAACCUUAGCACCAAAGUUCCAGAGAUGAUGAGUACAAUGUGGUAUUAUUAAUGCUAAAUGCUAGUAAAGGUGGGUUAAGGGAAUGUUUACAACUGUAUUCACUCCUGACGUCAAUAAAUAUUCUCAGAAAUGUU